GUUGAUAAACUGUGUCAUCGUGCGGUGUAAAGUUCAACAGCUGACGUUUGAUAGGGCGUCUGAUCGUGUCAUUAAGAGUCCCGGGGGACUCAAGUGGAGCCAUAACAAUUAAAAUAAUAUGAAAUUCCAAUGUUAAUGGUUUUCGGUCAAUGAAUAGUCAACAAACCUGGGCAGUUGUGAGACAAAAAGUUCAGAAAAUAUCUGUGAAUUAUUUUUCAUUCACUUGAAUUAUUGUUUCUGGGAGCAAGGGUCGACGCAUCCUGUCAAUUGAAUAUCGAUUGUCAUUCUUAAUCAAUAAUUAGAGUACGAUAGCUUCAAACUUUUCCAUUAUGGCGAUUCAACGAUUUUUGCGUGUGUUGGGGCUUUACCGAAUUUCACAGAGAACGUUGACACUUCAAGUUAUGAAUGUGGCCGCAAAGUUUCAUAAACAUUGGCGGCAAAGGAGUUUAUUGUCAGUUCCGGCGAUAUCACUCGCAUUCUUUGGAUCAGCAAAAAAGGACGACAGUAAGGAAUCCGUGACGACAAAGAAAGUCCUUCUCGCCAAGGCUGACGCUCUUUUUGAAAGUGGGGAAUACCAGAAGAUUUAUGAUUUACUCAUAAAGUACCGAGAUAAUAAAGAUGUCGAGAUUCUCUGGAGACUGAGUCGAGCCCUCUUCAAUCAUUCGAAAAGUGCCAGCGAUGUUGAAGCCAAGAGAAUGGUCCUCGAGGGCUACGAGAUCAUUGCGGAAGCUCUGCAAAUUGAUGAUAACCACUGGGCUGUCCACAAGUGGAUAGCUGUUCUCUCGGACUCCAAGAGCGAGUACGAAGGAAUUAAAGCCAGGAUUACGAAUUUAGUACCAUGCAAAGAACAUAUGUUGAAAGCUGCCGAGUUGAAUCCAAACGAUGCUACAAUCCUCCACAUGCUGGGAAACUGGUGUUUCUCUGUAGCAGAUAUGCCCUGGUAUCAGAGGAAAAUAGCAUCUGCUAUAUUUUCAACGGUUCCUUCCUCUUCAUAUGAAGAAGCAUUGCAAUACUUCGAGACUGCAGAGAAAAUCGAUCCCUUGUUCUACAGCCACAAUCUUUUAUUCCUGGGAAGAACAUAUUUAAAAUUGCAGAAAAAAGAUGAAGCCAUAAAAUAUCUGAAAAUGACUGCGGAAUUUCCAGCUAAGAAUGAUGAGGAUCACAAAGCUAAGCUAGAGGCUACAAAGAUACUUGGGACGAUCUGAUUUAUGGACCACAUUCAAUAUGUAUCCUAACGUGCAAAUUAUGAAAAGUAAUCUUUUGAAGAUUUUUGUACUCAGUAUAGUCGAAUUGAUUACAGACACGGCACAAUUAUCUGUUGUAAGGCUGACUAACUCGUGAAUGAGGAUCUAUUGUAGAACUCGAAAGAUUUAUACAAUUUUUCGAAAUGAAAAUCUCUUCUAAAAAAAUGAGAUUAUAAAGCGUUUUGAAAAUUGGUCGCUUUAAAAUGAUUUUUUCACGAUACUUUUUUAUUACUGGGGGAUACAAGAAUCUUAAAGCAAAGUGAAGAGCUAUUGUAGUCCUAAAAGAAAUUCGUUUUCUAAUAAAUUCAAAAAUAUAUAAUUGUAGAGAUUGAUUUGGAAUUGUUUAUUGUUUUUAUCAAUAGCAAAGAGACAUUUAUUUAUUAAAAAAAAUCAUGCAAUAGGUUUGAAAAUUUAAUAAAUAAAGAAAAAAGGGCUGUAGAAUUUUCCGAUUGGAAUGUUAAAAAAUUUUAUAUAGUUUUUUGUUAGAAAUUUUAAAUAUUUUAUAACAAGAAUUCUCUCAAAAAAUUGAGAAAUAAAAGUUUUAACAAUGA